GGGAGGCAGCGAGGGGAAUCUGUCCAAACCAUCGCCCCUCCAGCAGCCAUCUGCUCGCACUGCCUAGUACAUGACUGGUCCUGUAUAUAGCGGGGUGGACUGUCUGCAGCAACCAUGUGGGGAUAUACAGCGCGCCUGCUCCUCUGCGUCGUCUUCUGCACUGGAGCAGCAGCAAACAGCAAGGUUUUUGGGGAUACAGACCACGUGCGCAUGAUUUCAGAAGGCUCGGAUUGUCGUUGCAAAUGUAUCAUGAGACCCCUAAGUAAAGAGGCCUGCGCCCGUAUUAAAAAUGGCAAUAUGCGUGUGGAGGAUUAUUAUACCGUGGAAACAGUCAGCUCUGGUUCAGAUUGCAAGUGUUCCUGUACCGCUCCACCGUCAUCUCUCAAUCCCUGUGAAAAUGAAUGGAAAAUGGAGAAAAUGAAGAAACAAGCUCCUGAGCUGUUUAAGCUGCAGUCUAUGGUAGACCUUCUGGAAGGAACCCUGUACAGCAUGGACCUGAUGAAAGUGCAUUCCUACAUCAAUAAAGUGGUGGCCCAGAUGAACACUCUGGAAGAGACCAUCAAAACGAACUUAACCCGAGAAAAUGACUUCAUGAAGGAAAGUGUCAUAAACCUCUCUAAUCAGAUGAAGAAGUAUGACAACUAUUCUGACAUUAUGAUGAGUAUCAAGAAGGAGAUUUCCAACCUGGGAUAUCAACUGCUUCAGAAAGAUGCCCCAGAAAAUAAAGUGCAGGACACAGCAGGAGCCAGAGUCAAAGAAAAUAAAUUCACAGACUCCAAGAAGAACUCUGGGGAAAAGUCUUUAUCUAAGGUCACAAAGGAGAAACCACAAAAAUCAGAGAAACCUAAGAAAGAGAACAGCAAAUCCAAACCGGCUUUGUCUCAGCCUACACCGAGACCUAGAUCUCCGGUACAUCAACAGCCGGUGGUCAUACGAGGAGUCACCUACUACAAAUCUACAAGGCAUGAUGAGACAGAUACAAGCAACCGAGAGAACACAGGGAGGUUGUCUCUACGAGGAGAAAGACAAGAUGUUAAAGCAUCAGCAAACAUCUCAGAAUCUCACAUCAUCCAAGAGGAGAGACCUGUAGAGCUUGAGAAACCACCUCCAAUGACUACAACUACUACUACUGCCACCACAACUCCCACCACUACCACCACCACAACAAAGAGCACCACUACUACAGAAUUAUCUACAACCACCACUAGCCCAGAGUACUCUGUGAUCACAUUUUCUUCACUUGGUUCUGAUGCAGAAAACAAUAUUAAAGUCAAAGAAGGAGAGUGUGAAGGCACCAUUGCAUCGGUUGAGACACCCAAGAAACAUCAAAGUUAUGGUCGCAAUGAAGGAGCGUGGAUGAAGGACCCUGCAGCAAAGGAUGAUAAAAUCUAUGUCACUAAUUAUUACUAUGGAAAUAAUCUUGUGGAGUUCAGGAAUCUGGAUAAUUUCAAACAAGGUCGAUGGAGCAAUCUGUAUAAGGUUCCCUACAACUGGAUCGGGACGGGGCAUGUUGUAUUCCAAGGAGCCUUCUAUUACAACCGAGCCUUUACUAAAAACAUAAUUAAGUAUGACUUGAAGCAGCGCUUUGUAGCAGCCUGGACUCUUCUGCAUGAUGUAAUUUAUGAAGAUACCACUCCGUGGAAAUGGAGAGGCCAUUCAGAUAUCGACUUUGCCGUAGAUGAAAGCGGCCUAUGGGUCAUCUACCCCUCCGUUGACUAUGAAUACUCCCAUCAAGAAGUCAUAGUUAUUAGCAAACUAGACCCUAACGACUUAUCUGUGAAGAAGGAGACGACGUGGAAAACCGGCCUCAAGCGUAAUUCCUAUGGAAACUGUUUUAUAAUCUGCGGUAUUCUGUAUGCGGUGGAUGUCUACAACCAAAAGGAAGGACAGAUCUCUUAUGCCUAUGACACUCACACAGAUACUGAUGCAGAUCCAAAGUUGCCUUUCGUUAACGAGUAUGCCUUUACCACGCAGAUCGACUAUAACCCCAAAGAAAAAGUACUAUACGCCUGGGACAAUGGGCACCAGUUGACGUACAAAGUGAAUUUUGUUGUCUGAGUGAAUUGAUAGCUUGUUAGGACGUAGAUCGGUCCUCCACAAAGAAAGCACUUUUACACAUCGGUUAUAACGUGUUGCUUGGGGAGCAACUAAAGUAUUAUCCUCUGUCUGUUGGGAGGUGAAAAUACUCUGGCCAAGACAAGUGUAAUGGCCUAGAAAUGUGGUAUGUGACUAAUCCAUUGUCAAGAAGCUGAACAAAAUUGUAAAAGUGUGAAUGGACCUGAGAUGAAUGGCUCAACGUAUAAAAGACCACCACUUUCUUUUUUUAGCCCUUUGACAUCCUAUUUUUUUACGUUUAACCCCGAUGAAGGAGAAUGAACAAACUGAACACAAAACAGCUGGGAGCAAACUUAAUUUGAUCGACCACCAAAGAAAGUACUGACACCCCGUACCUAAUAAUAUGAUUAUUCCCAAACAGCAAACAUUUGCAUUUAGAUCAUAUAUUAUCAUAAAAUGUUAUUUAAGAGGGGAUCAUUUUGUUGAAAAAAAUUAACUAUUCAUUUUUGGGUUCAUUAUCAUGACCAUUUUCCACUAACUUUCUUUUUUUUAAAGGGGGAUCCAGGAUUAAACUUUCUUAUAUAGCCCUCUCAUUCUCUAAAGGGCAGCUAUUAGCAGGAUCAGUCCUAUUAAACCAGGCAUACUGCCUGGUAGGGUUGAUCCUACUGAUUAUUAUGAUUAUUAUGUGAUUAUGUGAAAAUUGGUUGUGGCGUUCCUGAGAAAAGAACAGUUUUAUUCUUUAUGAAAAUUAGGGCUUUACCACCAGAAGGGUUGUGACAAACACUAGACAUGUAGGCCCCACCACUCAGUGCUCUGAAGCCAUUGAUUGCAUAGAGAAUAAAAGUCUUGCCUCUUGGGAACGCUGCAACCGAUUUUCACAGUCCAGGUAUCAUUUUAAUCUGCGGGAUCAACCCUACCAGGCAGUAUGCCUAGUUUGAUAGGAUUGAUAAUGUUUACAGGUGCCCUUUAAGUAUUAAAUGGAUUUACAAUAUAAUGUUCUACCUCUCACUCUGUCACCCACGAAACUGAGCGCUGCUUCAUGUAGACAUGCCAGUGGCGCUCAAGUCAAGGGCGCGCCUUCAUUUUCUGUGGAGUCUAUGAGACAGACAACCAUACAUAGCACAGAGAGUGUCAGGAAUAUACUGCAGAUAGCUGUCAUAUGUGAUCUCAGCAAACAAAUUGACUUGUAAAGCAUUACAUAGAUACAUAGAUGUCAAUGUAACAUUUGCUACAUCUGUACAUUUCCUGCGAAGCUUGUUAGCUUGAGAUAUUUUAGUGCAUCUGCUGUUUUGCUGAACAAAGAGCAUUCACUAAGGAGAGAAGAUGCUCAUCUGGAUGGUCUGGUCUUCAAAAUGUGGAGACACACAGCAAAAGAUCUCUACAACAGAGCCGCUUGAACUGAAGAACAUAUCUGGUUGCAUCUCAGAUGUGUCCUCAAGCAGCACCAGUUGUAGAGAUCCUACAUAAAUUAGACACAAUUGCUUUUUUCAAUAUAUAUUUUUUUCAAAAUAACCCUUUUUAGACACGGCCUUCGGUAUGUGCUGUCUUAAAUCAAGAUACCCUUGCUUCAACAUUCUCCCCCUCCUAAUAAUACAGCGCACAUCUUUAACAUUUACAACAGCAAGCCAAUCUCUUUGGGAUUAUGUCUGACAGUUUUAUUCUGCUUCGAAAAUGUAAGAGACGGAAAUGACUCUUUUUCACCUGUGCAUUUUCACUCAAUGAAUGGGUGUUAACAAGCACACACAGCCAAGCCUGAAGGAAUAAGUCCAGUGUGCCAGCUCCCUGGUGCCAGCUGUAUUUUCCCACAGUUUAGAAUCAUUCUGUGGUGGUUCUCCAGUUCUCUGAUAAAGAUGUUUCCUUUUAGUUUAUGUGCUCGUAAUCCACAUCAUUCAGAUUUCUAGUACAGUUGACAGCUGUGCAUGUGUUUUUCCAGUUGAGUUUAGUGUGGCCAACAUAUACUGUAGGAUGUAUAUCGAUUUUUUUUCCUUACUAAUAUUCCCGAAAUGACUAGAAAAACACAUGGGUUCUAACUUUUAGGUUCCAUGAGGUUCUUGAGCUGCUUGUCUAUAUCAACACUGGCAUUGGGACAUAUUAGAGAAGAUACCACCCACGGCCACCAUCUAGUUGAGUCUGUCACUACUGUAUGUGGAGUAUACAUACAUGUUCAUCCUUCCAAUUUUUGCACAUUUUUGUCGUUGUUGAAGAAGUUUGCAUUUUAGCAUUGACUGGACAUGGAACCCAAUAAUUAAGUGACUUGAAGGGGCUGUGCCAUCAUUAAAUGUUUUAUGUUAAUUCAGCAUGGAAAAAAUAACUUUUGUGAAUUUUUCUCUGUUACAAAUGCCCUAGUUCUGAGAUUUUCAGUUUACUUGAUUAUUAUGGCACCCUUCUGGUGUUUAAUCUGUUUAGUAAUGUGUACGUCCAUCUCCUGAGGUGGUCAUACAUGCUCAGUUCAAUCCUUCAACUGCCAAAAGCCAUAUCUACUGUUAGUAGCUGGGAAAGAUACAAUGCGAGAGCUGCAAAAGAAAGGACAGGCCCUGGUGACCCUUGACAGGGAGAGAGCAAAAAGAACAUGCCCCCAUGGAAAGCUAGCCCAAAGAGAAUCUAAAAGGCACCUGGAGUCAUUAAUGGAGCUCUUGGUCCAUAUAAGGUAUAGAACUGGUUCUAGCUUUGUUAGAAAGAGAUUGUCAUGUACGAUAUCAAUCAUGCCAUAAACAUCUGGUAAGUACGGGUUCAACCUUCCAUGAAAGUGAAUAAAAAUUAUGCAGUGUAGUCCUUUCACAACGGCCACUUCAACAGUUAGGGACCUCCGUUUUUCAGAUAGAUUCAGGUGCAAGAGGUGAGACCUGCUUCUUCAGACAUUUAUGGUAUAUCUUGAUUGCUUCAGAUACAGCCAGACUCAUCCAGUCAAGACUACAGGUUACUGUUAUAGGAGAGGUACAGACUAAAGAGUGAGGCUGUUCUUUAUAGAUGGCGCUUCAGACGGCACUGCCAGAUUGCUGUUAUUAGGAGAGCUUUAGACCACAGAGCCAGACUAUAUACCCAGACUGGCCUACAUAUGGACUUUUGCACACUCAACACUGUCGUGAAGCAAUCAUCAUGUAGAAGGCGCUGGAAAUUACCUUUGUCUAGAAAAUAAUUGACUGUAAGUAACAUAUUGCAGCUGCAUGGAAGUAGUUGAGUAGCCUGGGCUUAAUUUUUCCAAAAUCACUACUAAAUUAUAUAUUUCUGUACGACAUUAACUUGAAAUCGAUUCAUUAUGACAGCAACUUCUGGGCUCAUAUACACUGUUGUUGUUCACACACCAAUGGACUGCACCAUGGAUCUGUACUAUGUACUGAUACCAACUCUACGUGUCGCCGUCUGAUACCUCAUUAGAUAUGUGAGAAAGGAACACCUAGAGCCUAAGGCACAUGAAGGAUCACCAUGAACCUAUAGAUUUCUAAAGAUGCUGAAUUCAGGAUCUGUGCUCAUGGUUCCUAACUUUGGGAUUCUAUAACAUUACAAUGAAUUUUGCCCAGUACUAAAUAAUAUGACCGUAUAAAACCUUGAAGUAGAUAAUUAAAGAGUAGAAUCCUUCCAUAAAGACAUGUCUGAAGAUAAUUUGUACAAUUCUCAAAACUGAUGCCAUAAAAGAAGGGGACUCAGUGAUUGAUAGUGGCCUGAACAUUUUGGAACAGUGCCCAUUGUUCUCUGUAACAGCAACUGAUUCGAUUCCACAGGCUAGAAUCCAAGAAGAGCAUAAGAGAAGACAUUUUCCAAGUGUUAGCAGGAGGUCCCAGCUCCCGAACCCCAUCAAUGUAAUUUUCUGAAAUGUCUAAGUGAUGUAUGAUAAAACUCCAACUAUUAAGCCCUUUAAAUAAUAAAAACAACAUUACUAUGUGACACUGUAGAAUUGCUGAAGUAAAACUGCAUAUAUUAGAGCUUUAACAAAGCCAAGUCCAAAAGCUUGUUCGGUGUUUCUACAUCUCAGAUGUUACAUUUCAGUGUAAGACACCAUCUGUAACCACUUUAGAGUUCUUCAGAUGCAUCUUAAGAACAGUGAAAGUACAGGAGUAAGACAAAUAUGAUUUGAAAAAAAGAUAAACGUUCCAAAAAAUUAUUGUACAACAGUAGUAGCCAGGAGCAGACUGGAAACUUAAAGUGGCCCUGGAAAAAAAAAAAGAAAAAAAGUGGCCCCAUGUUGUAGGUGGGUCCAAAUUGUCAGAA